AGACCAUUUCAUUGCCCACCACUCCUUGCCAAUUAGUAGUACUAAUUUCUAAGCCUUCCAUGCUUCUAAAACAGGAAGAGAAGAUUAUCCAUCUCUCCUUUGCUUCUUCACUGCCCAACUACCUCCACCAAAAAUUUUCCGCACUGGUUAUUGAUCUGCUCAGAGGAAAGAGAUUAAUUCCAUUGAUACCCACCUAAAGAUUCUGCCCAAGUGUUUCACUAAUCACAGCCAAAGUAAAGUUCUGGUGAAAAUCUGCAUCUAUUGCUGUUUCUGCCGCCACUACUGUUACAGAGACCACAACAUGACUUCUCGUUCUAUAAGCAUGAAUUGCCCUCUAACCAAAUCCAUCAAACUUGGUGCCUCUCCAGUAUUUUCUUCAGUCUUGCCUGCAAGGGACCAGAGAUGGGAAGUUGGCAAGUUAACAGUUUCAAGAAGAUAUGUCGUGUGCUCUACUGUGCAGGAAUCCACUUCCACAGUUGCUGCUGAAACAAAGGAGACAAAGGCUGUGUCAAAAGAAGCUCCAGCAAAGCCAAAGCCCCCAGCAAAAGCUCCAGCUAAGCCAUUGCCUCAACUGAUGGAAGAGGAUGUGAUCCCUGCAUUGAAAAUGAUUCUUGAAGCUCAAGAUGAUCUGUCAGAAAUUGAGUUAUCCUUCACUGAUAACGGGUUGGAAGGAUCCUUUAAAAAGCAGGGAAUUCCCCACUCAUUUUGGGCCUUCUUCCCGGAUGGAGUCCUCACAGGACCAAAGGGAUUUGCAUUGUCCUCGUAUGGUUCGGAAGUGAGCACUGUUGAACCCUUUCUCAUUGAUGAAAAGAAAAUCACAGGAAAACAUGUAGUUUUUUGGGUUGAGAAACGUUUGGCGGCUCAGGGAAUAUUCCUGUGUGGAAAGAAUGAUCACCAUCGGAUUUGAAGAUUUGGACUUUUCACUAAAUGACCUAAUACCUACACAUUGCACUUAUUUUUCUUCCACUAGCAUUUCUGUACUUUAUGGAAAAAUGCUGUAAUAUUUGUUCAUUAAAGUAAAUCAAAAUUAUCAAUUGGAAUG